GAAAGAAUAACAAGAAGAAGAAGGGCAAGGGAGGAGGAGGAGGAGGAGGAGGAGGAGGCAUGACGGAAGCUCAGAAAGAAGCAGCCCGUCUUGCGGCUCUGCAAAAGUUUGGCAUGGCUCCGCCUCCUGCCCCUGCUGCCAAGAAACCUCCUGCCUCCCCUAACCCCACUCAUCCUCCCACUCCCGGCAAGAAAGCUUCGCCGUCGCCGAAUGAAGAGGAGGAGCUCAGCUCAAAGAUGGAGGGCGUCAAGGUAGAGGAGGACAACGACUUCGAGGGGGAGAUGGCAGAUGAGGAUGACCUGCAGCAGUACAUGGAGCAAAGCCAUGCGGAGGAGUUCGAGGAAGAGGAGGAGGAGGAUGACCUCGACGACUUCCUCUCCGACAAGCCAGCGAAGCCCGUGGAGAGCGCCGCUGAUCGCGACGCGAGGAUCAAGAAGGAGCUGGAGCAGAGGAAGAAAGCACAGGAGGAGAUGGAGAAGGAGCGCGAGCGCAAGAAGAAAGAGCACGAGGACUGGCUCAACUCUUUGGACCCUGCGGAGCGCGAGCGAUACUUCAUGGACCAGGAGCGGAAGCAGCGAGCGAUGGAGGAAGCGGCGAGGCAGCAGGAGAUCGACAAGGAGCGCGCGAGGCAGGAGGAGAUGCGGCGCAAGGCAGGGGCGCAGGAGACGACCAAGACGGAGGAGGGGAAAGGAAAGAACGACCGUAUUGAGAACCGCUGGGCGUACGUGGGGGACAGGCUGGUGGCGGAGGCUGUGGAGAGGAAGGGGCCCAAGAAGGCUACGAGAGAGAUCCAGCUCAAGGUGCCGACAGGGCGGGUGGGGGCCAUCAUCGGCAAGGGAGGAGUCAACAUCAAGAUCAUCACAGGAAAGUCUCACGCCAAGGUUCAGAUCCACCCGCCCAAGCCCGGGGAGGAGGAGAAGGGCGAGAGCCUGGUGACCAUCAAGGGGU